AUAAAACUGGACCGGUUUGGUGCUACAGGCAUUCACAACUUCACAUCACAGAGAAGAAGAAGUCUACCUUUACAAGGAAGAAGCUACAGAGAGAGUGAGCUAGCAGCCAUGUAUUCAACAGUCGUCUUUUGCCUUCUCGCCUUGAGCGGCACACUAGCCAUGCCUGUUACAGACCAGGCGAACAGCACUCAAGCGGUAACGGAAAGUAUUCUAAACGCCACCGAAGCGCAAGACGUCACCGUGCAGCCAAUAGUAGUCAACGUUACAGAAAAGGUCGACGCAUCGCAACCGACAACAACACAGUCCACGCCAUUGGUCACUGACGACAACGUAGUAACGAAUGCAUCUACAGCGACCGAAACAGUCGUGAUUGAAACGACUACCGAGUCACUAAAGUUUACAUGUGGAGGAAAGGCCGCCGGUCUGUACGCAGACCCAGACAACUGCUACCAGUACUUCGAGUGUGUUGAGGGCUUCAGCACCGCGUUCCUCCGACUCUGUGCGCCGGGAGGACCCGUCUUCGACCCCGCCAAACAGCGCUGCGACUGGCCGGAGAAUGUGCCCGCUCCUUGUGGGACGAAGGUUCGGAACGAAGGAAGUAUCCGAGCUAGGUCCAGUCUGAUGGCCAGGGGUUCUUCCACCUUCACUUGUACGGGGAAGCAGCCGGGCCUGUACGCCGACCCUGCCGACUGCUCCAUGUACUACGAGUGUGUGCUGGGCCACCCCGUGUACCACCGGCCCUGUGCCCCGGGGGGAACCGUGUAUGACCCCGCCAGCCUCAGGUGCAUGUGGCCCCACGAAGUGUCCGGUCCUUGUGGGAUAAGUGCAAAUCUUUUGACUGACCAAUCCUCAGCGAACGUUCCUGCUCACGAUGUCCCCGUCCCCUCCACCUUCACCUGUACGGGGAAGCAGCCGGGCAUGUACGCCGACCCUGCCGACUGCUCCAUGUACUACGAGUGCGUGCUGGGCCACCCCGUGUACCACCGGCCCUGUGCCCCGGGGGGAACCGUGUAUGACCCCGCCAGACAGGAGUGCAGGUGGCCAUACGAAGUGUCCGGCCCGUGCCGAGCUUACACCGUACCAGCCAUCCAGACCGAAACAUUUUCUUGUGCGGGGAAGGCGCCCGGUCACUACCCCGAUCCUGACAGCUGCAGCCGGUACUACGAGUGUACCCUGCUCAGCAGUGAGCCGUUCCACCGGGACUGUCCACCUGGAGGCCUGGUGUUUGACGCCGGUAGACAGUAUUGCACCUGGCCGUGGAGCGUGGCCGGACCCUGUGGGGAUUACGGACAGUGAGGGAAUAUGCGCAGAGUUUCGGGACCCGUCGAAUAAUCUCAGCUGGACUGAGGCCUUCGUCAUACGAAGAAGUGAACUAA